AUGAUGUUCCCAUCAACGUUAGCGGAGGCGUUCGAAAACUCUUCUCAUGGAGCUGGGGCUGGGGCUGGCCAAAAUGGCAAAAGUGUUGCUAUUUCUCCUGAACAUAGGGUUGACCUUAACGCACCGCCUUCCCCUCAUGUCACCCUUGAUGCUGAGGAGGAGGAAACGGACAAAAAUCAGAUAGAGAACACUCCUCCAUCUACCAGUAAAAAAUGUCAAAUCAAUCAGGAUGAUGAAGAAGAAGAAUUUUCCCAUAAGGCUAAGCGUAUAAUGACACUUGAUGAAGCCAUUCAAUUUGAAAAAAAUGAUCGUGACCUGUCCCUCGAGGAUGAAAGGAAGCUCAGAAGGACUGUAUCAAACAGGCUUUCCGCCCAGAGAUCUCGACUGAAGAGGGCUCAGUACAUUGAUGAAUUGCUUAAAAAGAUUAAAGAUUUACAGGAUUAUGUUGAAUCCCUGACUUCCCAGUUGGAGAGCUGCAUAGAGGGACAGAAAAUGCUGAAGAUGCAGAAAGCCAUUCUGGAGCAACGAUUGAAGAACUGCAUCGACAAAUCUGCUUUGUGCGACAGGGAAAUUGAGGAGAAACAGGCUGAAAUAAGGAGGCUCAAAUACUUAUACGAGGCCCUGCAGAAAGAGGGGAUGAUGCUGAGUUCUGCUGCGCCCAGUGCAGCAAGCUCAACAAGCAGCCUCCCCAUUUAUCCACCUGAAAGUGAGAGUAAUUAUCAAAGGGUUCUCUCCUUCAAUUCUGCAAGCUUCUUUCAGAUUGAGCAGCGGGCCGCAGUUGUGGAAGUUGUAAGCUCAGAUCAAGGGGGGAUUGAACAGUAUCUGAACUUGGAUGCAAUGAAUGUUUCUUCCUUCAAUGCAACAGAUGCAAUGUGACCAUAUCUACCAUGAAGAAUUUUUCUCGGCAGCUGUUUGGGUUUAA